GAAACUCCUGGAAAUUGCGUCAUCACACCGCGGACGCAGCAGCUGCUGAGGGUUAAACAUGGCAUCUGUGACCAACGCUACAUCUGAGUGGAUCCAGUUUUUCAAGGAUGCUGGCAUCCCUGCUGGGCUGGCUGUUCAUUACGCAGUCUCCUUCAUUGAUAACAGGAUUCAGAAGAACAUGCUGAUGGACCUCAGUAAAGAGUUCAUGAUGGACCUGGGGAUCACGGUGAUUGGGGAUAUCAUUGCCAUCCUGAAACACGCCAAAGUUGUUUAUAGACAGAUGAAAAGUGCAGACUGGAACUCUCCUCCUACUCAACCCAGCAUGGAAUCCAGGACUGGAGGCACUUUCAGGAAGAGAGCAGCUGCAGAUGAUAUGUGUAAAAUGGCAACUGAGGCAAUAUCAUUGGGUCAAACCACCAUUCAGGCAGAGCUCAGAAGAAAUGCCAACACCCCUGCGACCCGGAUGAUCGCAAACAGCCUGAGCCGAGACUCUCCUCCACCCACCCCCGUCAGGAAACCCGACAACAGACUGUCCGUCACUGUGUCCAACAAGCAGGCCAAAACGGACGCGGGCCCCGCUGUUUCAGUGAAGCGACGGCGGGUCACUGCGGAGAUGGAGGGUAAAUACAUCAUCAGCAUGCCGAAGGGGACCACGGAGCGAUCCAAGAGGAUCCUGGAAGAGCAGGCAGAGAUAGAAAAGGGUAUUUAUCGAACCUCUGUGUUUGAGAGACUCGGAGCUGAAUCCAAGGCUGAUACCACUAUGGGAAGCAAGCCCACGGGGGUGUUCAGCCGAUUAGGAGAUGCGACGGGCGAGCGCAGGGAGGAGGAGGACGAGAAGGCAGUGGAAAGUGACGGGGAAGGCUCUGUGCUUCAGUACGCCGGGGUCCUGAAGCGAACAGCACAGCCUGCCAGGAAAACCCCAGCCAAGGCCAGCCCUGCCUCCCUGACCCCAGCCAAGGCCAGCCCUGCCUCCCUGACCCCGGCCAAGGUCAGCCCUGCCUCCCUGAUAACAGCCAAGACCAGGACUACCCUCGCUGCUCGCAGACCAGCCAUCGUCACUUUGAAGCGCCUGGGCAAGCCUGCCAGGGCCCUGGCAACCUGUGCUGCCCCAGACAAGCCUGAGCCUGCUGCCAAGAUCAGCGUGCUGCAGAGGCUGGGCAAGCCCUCCAGCCCACAGCCCGACACUCAGGACAGCAGGGUGACCAGCACCAAGAGCAAAGGGUUCACUGUCACCAUCAAUCGGGGGCUGGGCAGUGCCAAGGUGAGCAGCAGCACCGGGGAGUGCCAGGGGGCGCAGAUGGACAGUGCCGGCUCUGUCAGCGUCUUCAAGAGAUUGGGCCUGAAGAACACCUGACUGCCUCGCUGAGUCCUGCGCUUUUAAUAAUGUUUGUCGGUUUUACGAAUGCUUGCGUUUUUUUUUUGUAUGAGGGGAAAAAUAAACAAAAAAAACAUGCAACAAUAACUGUACCACUUUUUAAUUUUUUACAACAAAUUUGGAUUUAAUGGUCGUAUAUAUCCAAUACAGUGACACGUCCCUGUUGUCUUGUCUAUACAGCUACCCCCGUGGGAAGUUGGCUGGCUCACUAUUUGAAGCCAUUUAACUAGUAGUAAAUUGAAACCCUGACAACAAUUUACAACACACCCUGUAGUGCACCAAGUCUCAAGUUGCUACUUUUUUUUUUUGGUUUGAUUUCCCCAGUUGUGGUGGUGUUUCUGUUUUUAUACAUUUGCACUGUAAAGUGUCUUGCACAACGUGGUAUUUAAGAGGCUGUAAAAAUCAGCUUUGGAAUCUUCCCCAUAAGCUGCAAUGAGUGGCUCGUCAAAUUGUCCUGUAUGUAAAACAUCACUAACUCUGAUAACAUUGCAUGGAUUUCAAAAAACCCGUCAGUUUCAAGACAUCAUUCAAGACUCCAUUUGUAUAGCAAUGCAAGACUGAAUCCCCCUCUACUGGCCUAAGUGCUCAAGUGGGUAUUUAAGCAGUGAUGAACAUUUUUAGCUGACUCACUGUCAGUUGGCUCUUACGACCUCCUCUAUCCGAAGGCAUUCACUUAUCUGCUUCCACAUCUGAAGUACACAUUGUGCAUUCAGAGCUGAGUGCUGUGCACCCCUUUGAAUGACGUUAGUUUUCCUAAAUGCAGGUCUGCAUUUUUAAAUUGCAAGUGGUGGCUCAUCACCAGAGCCUUGCUGAAAGGGUUCCUCUUAGCAAUGACCUUAGAGAGGCGUAUACAGUAAGUGCAGUCAUAGUUACACUCAUUUAAUAGUGUUUGUCUAUUGAACACACGUCUUGUUACAAGAAAGUAAUUCCACGGAUGUCUUGAGUCUGCCUCUGUUUAUCUUGGAGAGAUGCCUCCUGUAUGUUCUGCUGUUGCUGCUUGUGUGUUUGUGAAGAAGAGCUGGAGUUCUUUGGUGGUUAAUUUUCUUUGUUUUUCUCCAGAAAUGACCCUGGGAGCACAGACUUUUCACGUUAGCAAGUAUUGGAACAAUCGCCUGUGACAUGUAAACCUGCCACAUUCACCAUUUACAAACAUAAUGGAAACACUUUACAAUGAAAAAUACAAGCUGUUGACUUCCCAAAGAAUUUGAAUAACUGCUUACUUUUUCCUGAGAAAUUAGUUCUACUGAUCACUUAAAAGUAGCCCAGAUUUACAAUGAAUUCUUGAAUAUUAUUCCAUUGGAAUUCACAUGGAUUUGCUACUAUUGUAUUAUGCUGUAACCAAUAUAAAUUAUAUACAUUUUGUAUACCAACAAUUAUAACAUUUCUGCCCUUGUGAAGUUAGACUAUUGGUACCAGGUUUUACAGGAUAUGUGUUAAACACCUGUAAUAUUUUUAAAAACACAUUAUGUUGUAGAGAACCAGACAUCUCUUGUUUUCAAAGGUAAUUUGACUGUAAAACAGUGCUAGUCUGUACCUUUUUGAAAUAAGACUGUUAGUCUAAAUUGUAGAUAAAUGUUUAAAGAUCAGUUUUAGUUCCAGCACUAAUAAGUGAUACAUUACAUAUAUAAACACAAAUUGCUUGUGUUGGUUACAUAAAAUUUGGCACUGCCAAUUUUAAACAUACAGUAAUUGGUAAUAGAGGUAACACUUUAGGGAUCUGAUAUGAGUGAUUAUAAACAUUAUUAAUUAUGCUAUUAAUAAUUAUCAAAUAUUAGAACUAAGUAUUAUUAUACACUUGUCAUUGUUUUUUGCGCUAUUGUUUAUAAUCGCUUAUAACGGAUGUAGAAUGUCUCCAGGUCUGUUUGUCUUUCUAUCCCCGUCUGUCUUUCUGUCUAUUUUUUUUUCACCAGUUGUAUGGGGUUGCUUUGUUUUUGCAAUAGUGAUUAUAAACUUUUGCCAUUGUUUUGUUUCUGCUAUUGUUUAUAACCACUUAUAGCAGAUUCCUAAACUAUAGUUACCCAAUAAUCUACUAUAUAAAGAAACCCUGAAACGUAUAAUCAUGUAACUCUAUUAGAAACAGAGUUGUGUAGACAAAAGUUUCACCGGAAUGCGUCGUUCAAGUGUACUUUGAAGAAGGCAUUCGCUGACGCAUUACUCUAUUUAGUUUCUUAUAGUUGUAGCUUAGUCUUAGUUCUGAAGUUACGAAAGAGAAUUCUAAGAAACGCAUUGCCUUUUAAUCUGAGUAUUUAUCUGGUUUUGUCCACUUCACGGUGACUGCAUUCCUUAUCCCUGCUAUUAAUCCAUCAGAUCUUGAUAGGAACCACAGAUGACAAUCUCCCGAUCCAAGAACAGCUGCUGAAUUUAGGAAACUGCUAUCAUAGAACAAGGAGCAUUAGUGUAGCAUUAGAGCACUAGUGUUGACAUCAUCCUGCAGUCAGCACUGCUGUCAUACGUGGAUGAACGUCAUCCCUCAAACACAGUGUAAUAUUAACAUCAUUCUGCUGUAGGAAGAAUUAACAAGUAAAUACAUGUACAAUUCCCAAUCAACAGUAAUGAUAUGUGUAAUGGCUUUAAUUAGCACUCUUAAUUAUGUAUUACUUCCAACGAAGUUCAAGAGCAUGAGGAAACAGUUGCAUGAUAAAACACAACACUGUUGUAUCUUUUAUAAUUUAUCAGAAGCUUGUGAAUAAAAUACAUUACAAAAGUAGAAAGACAGUUAAUAUCAAAAUAUAAAUUGGCAGAUUAAUCUCAGUAGGCAAUCCUGGUUAGGCAGAAUCUCGCUGCAAAUGUCGUUAAUUACAAGAGGAAGCAAUGCAUUCGUUGUCUCUAAUUGUCUAUUCUGUAAGACUAAUUAUAUUAAGUCAGUAACUAGAAUAAUAAGAAUAUGCAAGCAAUAUCAUUGUGUAAGAAAAUAAAAUAAAUUCAGUGAACCCUUAAUGAGGUAUUACAAAAUGGUUCAUUCUCUGUCCAUCAGUUCAAUAUAUAUCCUUUAAUUAAAAUCAUGACACACAAAUAUUUUAACAUUCAUCUGUUUAGGGAAAAUAAGUUUCAGUACCCCUUGUUCAAGUUCAUCGAUCACCUUGCUGUAAUUCACUUUCAUGGAAAAUUAAAAUCGGCUUUCUU